UACCAAGAUGUAGGUAUACCAAUCAAUUACCUUACCUACUGUAAAAACUUCAAAAGAAAAUUUCGUUUACAUCUAAUAUUCACAAUAAAAGUAAUAUUUCACGCUAUAAGCAAGAAUGUAAGUUAACAACCGCUAUGAAAGGCUGCAGCGCGACACCUCGCACAAUCAACCCAAUCAGAGGAAAAAACUAUUCAGGCGAGGGGGCUAAUGCCAAACAAAUCUCGACCCCAAAAUUCGCACUUUCCCCCACCCGAGGCCACGCCCCGUGCUCCGAGCUUCAGUGCUCGCUGCGCCGCGCGCGAAGAUGGACGCUCCCCGCUACGGGAGCGAAGAACGUGACACAAGCAGUCCCGCGUCCCGCGUUAGCACACCAUGUUCGAACUCCUCUAUAAAUGUGACCGAGCCUAUGAGCUUAACGCAACACCAACAGAAUCUAGAGACUUUAAAUAGGAUGGGGAUGUUCUUCCAUGCACAGCAAAUGCAGCUUAGUCAGCUGGAUGCGGUGAAGAGCAGGCUGCUGACGCCGCCGGGCCCCCGGCACACCAUCGACGCCAUAUUGGGGCUCAGUGGACGGCCGCUGCAUGAGGAACCAGUGCCCGUGUCGCCGGAUCCUGAUCAAAGCGCCGGUGAAGGCUCGUGCAACAGCAACGACGGCUUCCACCCCGACAAGUCCCCCGCAGCCUCCGACGACGACCCGGCGGCCGACGGCAAGAAGAAGCACCGACGGAACCGGACAACCUUCACCACGUACCAGCUCCAUGAGCUAGAACGGGCCUUCGAGAAGAGUCACUACCCUGAUGUGUAUUCAAGGGAAGAGCUGGCGAUGAAAGUCAACUUACCUGAAGUUAGAGUGCAGGUGUGGUUCCAGAACCGACGCGCAAAAUGGCGACGCCAGGAGAAGAUGGAGGCGGCUCGGCUCGGCCUGUCGGAGUACGGCUGCGGCGGCGGAGUCCCCAGGCUAGGUGGACUAGGACUGCCCGUAGACCCCUGGCUCGCGCCUCCCCUACUCACGGCACUACCAGGUUUCCUGAGCCACCCGCCCUCCGGCUACCCGAGCUACCUGACGCCGCCGGCCCCGGCGCCCGCGCCGCCGCCCGACCCGCGCUCCUCCUCUAUCGCGGCGCUCCGCAUGAAGGCCAAGGAGCACGUGGAAUCCCUCAGCAAAGGCCUGCAGAUGGUCUAAUCUUAUCACUAAUUACGUAACUCAGAUAAACGGUGCAAGAUUUCGAAUGCAAGUUUAGAGUGCGCUUCGCAUGCAGGCAAAAGGAACUCGUGGAAUCGCUCAGUAAAGACUUGCAGAUUGUCUAAUCGUGGAACACCUGUAACUCUUUCUUGAGCGAUCCGAAUUAUUUCUUGGCCUUAAAAUGCAGAGCAUGGCGUAAUGAGAAUCGUCGCAUGCGAGUUCUGGCACCUAUCUUAGCCUAUAUACCUAUAGCAUUAAGGCCAAGAAGCAAUUCGAAUCGCUCAAGAAAGAGUUACAGGUGGUCCAAUCGUGUACCUACCUAAAGCCUGCGGCAAGUGCGAAAACUCGCAUGAAAAUGCAAUUUUGCAUAAUACAAUGGACUUGUGUAAAACUACCAUUGUUUCUAACCUAAGGUACUGGCACAGGAAACUCAGAGGGACUCUUUUUUUUCAGUUAUUUUAAACUACAUCAUUCUUAUAAAUAAGUACGUAAGUAGUUCUACCGUGCGAGUUUAGAGUCAAUCCGAGCUGGAGUAUGACAGUGCCACCAUAAUUAAGUUUCCACGAAAAUAUGACACUUACAGUAGCACUUUGACGCAAGUCAGUGAAGAUGGCUUUGGUAGCCUCUAGUGACAUUGACUUCGGAGCUAUAAUGCAACAUCAAAUGAUCAAACGAAAUGCAACGAAACCUGCAUGCGAGUUCUUGUGCCGUCUAAAGGAGCUGUAACUCAACUAAUAGAUGUGUGAAGUCAAAGAAUCCAACAAAACGGAAGAACCGAUCCGGGUCGCUAUUUCCUUCAUUAAUUACGUUGCUGUUGUUACCGCAUUGGUGUCGCGAUUGGAGCGCUUAAUCUAUCACUCGGUUUUACAAGGAGAUCGACAACAACGUCGCCCGAUUUCAAUCAAAUACUGCAACGUUGCAGCAGUAACGCUGCAUGCUGCUGCAGUCAUCAUCAGAAUGUAACCUUUAUUACAACUUUUUUUACAUAAAUCCUUCUUCGACUUUGCACAUCUAUUAAUUUGGUUGUCUGUGUAAUUAAGACUCAAAAUCGCUUGAAGAAUUUAUAUUGUUGGAUUACAUUAAGGCUGGUCUUGACAUCUUCAUAAAUAAUUUUGUAGAGUUGAAUCAUUUAUAUUUAUCGGAUGGAUAAAUUGGUUAAUUAUUAAAUCAUUUGAUAAUGUGGUCAAGAGUUCCUUUUUCCUAAUACUAACUAAACGGCAUACAUAGUGAUUUGUUUCGGCGGACCCCAUUCAUGUUUUUAUAACAAGUUGUGAUAUGGUCGAUAUGACUUUAUUCGUAUUCGAAAAUAUAAUAUUUUGCUUGAGUCUUUUAGUCUAUAUUUUUAAUGAAAUACUCCUUAACCUACCAAAACCUAAAAGAGCUUAUCGCACCUUAAACAAACUGUUCUUAUAUUUUCUGUAGUAAUUUUGAAUAUGUCCUAGUUGUUUCCACACUUUACUGUUUCUUUAGAUCUCUUCAUCGGUAUUCCUUAAUCGUAAGACUUGCGUGAUGAAAGCAAUACUAAUAUAUGUUGAAGACUCCGAAGCUGUACAUAAUAAAGGAGUCUACCAAAUAGGCUGCCUUUGCACUGAGGCGCAGAUGAGAGGGUGCGGGAACCAACCAAUAGCAUUGGUUGUACUCAACAUCUCUUCUCCGCUCCGCUGGAUUACAACAAACCGUCUCCGCUCAUCUCCGCUUCAGAGGAAAUGCAGUCAUAUGCGUUCCCUUAGUUAAUGUAUAUUUCAUGCUUAUGUAAAACCUUUACAACCCUAGAAUUCUCUGUAUUUUUUAACAUUUUGAAAUGUUUUUCCUCCAUAUAUUUCUAAUAACCAACGUUAAGACAUUUCACACACUGAUUCGCUACGACAGUCUGCGCUUAGCAGAUCGUGAGAUUAAUCGUCCUGCGUCAACGUGUGGCACUUCAGCAUUUUUAUUAAAAGCCGUCAUUUUAAAACAUCAUUCUGAUAUAACAUUGUGACAUUAAAAUAACAUGUGGACAUUCAAGUAAUAUAUAUAUUUUUGUCUAAAAGUUUUACGUACAAAUCUUCUAUAUGCUCUAUUUUAUUUGUAUUAAAAACGAAUACCAGUAUAUAUGUCACUUAAAUGUUCAUGCCAAGUAUGCUGUUAUUACGUACAGCUUGGUAUUUUCAAAUGAAAGCAUAACUUCGAAUGCGUGGGAGCUAAUUUUUGGCGGAAGGUUCGUGAGAAUUCGAGGAAUUGAUGCAGGUUUUGUUGCAUUUGUGACUCAUAUCGCCGCGGCAGAUAGCGCUAUCAAUGUGUGAAGCCGACACUGGUCGAUUUAAUUUUUGUUUCCCAUUUGAAUCUAUUUUCUUUUUCUAAUAUAACUAGCUAGAAAUUUUUGUAUGGGUUGUGGCCGGUUUUAGCUUAGUAUCGGUCAGUUCAUAGAAUGUAUUGUAAAUAAUGUUUGUAUUAAAUUGUACAUUUAUUGUAAGAGUAGGCACCUAUUUAAAUUGCAUAUAAAUAUUAUUUAAGAAUAUACUGAGUACUAGAGGUUUAAUUGUGAUUAUUAUUCAUAGAAAACCUGUUCGUCUUAGAAUAAGAUGUAUUCGAGUAAUGACGAGUAUAUCAGAAUGUCGUGUGGUUCCGAAUAUCUCCAACAUGAACAACGGAAAAAUAAACAAACAUAAGUAAUAAAAUUUACAAAAUGCAAAAACCUAAAGGUAAAAAAUGUGUCCCGAAGUCUGUCUUUCCUCGCUCGCUCAUUCGUUGUGCAAAAUACUCGUAGUGGCCAGCUUUGUGGUCGCCAGAAGCGCGCCGGCAAAUCUUGGAACAAUUUAGGGCGUCCGCUAGCUGGCGCGGUUGAACGGAGCGGGUGAGCGGAUUAACGAGAAAUAGUAUGAGCAGCGCUAACUGGACGCGUGCGACGGAUUUUACCGAUGUCACCUAAUACAAGGCACCCGUGCGUGCGCCCGCUCCAUGCAACCGCGCCAGCUAGCGGAUACCCCUAUGGGUGAUUCACUAACAUGCACGAUAUCCUAAAGCAUUUGGAAUUAUUCGAACACACCUUGUUGCUGAAUUUAACUGCAAUUUCCAAUGGGUUUUUAAGUAGUUAUGGUCCGGGACCUAUUUAGAAGUGUGACUUAUGUGUAAGUUUAUCCAAGUGCAGGUUUUCUUAUUACAAAAGAGAUUAUGCUUUUCUUUUUAAUAUUUUCGGUCUUAAAUCUAAAGUAGUUUAUUCAUUAUUCCAUUCUGUAUUACCUGUAUUUGUAUUUACUAAGGACUGUUUGCUCACUUCACAGCUACUUGUAAAUAUCGAAGGCUAAGUAAUUUAAUGUUAGAUUAUUAUUUAUGUGUAUAUAUCGGUGUACGUAGGCAUAAAUACAAUAAUAAUAACGUAAGAGAAAUAUCAAA